UACUCCUUACCCGUUCCCCGCCAGGCAGAAGCAAUCAUGACGCUCUACUUCACCCUCGUUUUCGUCCUCCUGGUGACGGAGAUGGCAAUCUUUGUUGGUCUUAUUGUCCCGUUGCCAUUUACCGUCAAGCGGAAGCUCUUCACUUUCAUAUCAGAAAGUCCCAUCGUCGCCAAGCUCCAGUAUGGAAUGAAGAUAACUUUCAUCUUCAUUCUUAUCCUGUUUAUCGAUAGCGUGAACCGUGUCUACCGUGUACAGAUCGAGCUCACUGGCUUUGACUCCGCUAACGCCGGUCACAGACAUGCCAUUGGAACCGAACGUAUGGAAGUCCAGGCUCGCAAAUUCUACUCUCAACGCAACAUGUACCUCUGCGGUUUCACCCUCUUCCUUUCCCUCAUCCUGAACCGCACGUAUACCAUGAUCCUUGAAAUUCUUCGUCUCGAAGACAAGGUGAAGAUGUACGAAGGCGACAAGAGGGCAGGUGGCAAGGACUCAGCCAAGUUGGCUGCUGCUGGCGAUAUUGGAGAGAUUGGAAGGUUGAAGAAGGAGCUCAAGGACCGUGAGAAUGAUAUUGAAGCUUUGAAGAAGCAGAGCGAAGGCUUGUCCAGAGAGUACACCAAGCUUGGGGAUGAGAUCUCAGCUCAAAACAAGGAUAAUACCCCAAAGAAGGACCGAUGAA